AUGGAUUCUUUGAACUUUAACCUGAGCAGCGGUUUUUUGGAGGGCAUUGUGCGUGGUUUCAAGGGGGGCAUACUUAAACAAUCUGAUUACCUGAACUUCAUGCAGUGCGAGACAUUGGAAGAUAUGAAACUCCAUCUGCAGUCGACUGACUACGGAUCUUUCCUAUCAAACGAGGUUCAACUUUCAGCUGCUAUAAUCGACAAAGCACUGGUUGAGAGGGUUGUUCAGGAAUUUAAUUACAUUCGAAACAAUUCGGCGCCACCGCUUUCAACUUUCCUUGAUUACAUCACAUACGGUUACAUGAUCGACAACAUCAUCUUGCUGAUAACCGGUACACUGCAUGGCAGGCCAAUCAAGGAUGUCCUACCGAAAUGCCAUCCACUCGGCAAUUUCGAACAGAUGGAAUCGCUGAACAUUGCCUCAUCUCCGAAAGAAUUGUACGAUGCUGUGCUGGUCGAUACUCCACUUGCAAGCUACUUCAUCGACUGCAUAUCUGAGCAAGAUCUCAAUGAAGUUAACGUCGAAAUUUUGAGGAAUACGCUUUAUAGAGCUUAUUUGGAGGAUUUUUACGAGUUUUGUAAGAAUCUCGGCGGUACAACAGGCGAAGUCAUGUGCGACAUACUUCAGUUUGAAGCGGACAGACGUGCCUUCAUAAUCACGGUGAACUCGUUCGACACGGAACUGAACAAAGAUGAACGGAAGAACCUCCUCCCUCAAUGCGGCAAGUUGCAUCCAUAUGGCCUCGAAGCCCUAAAGAAAGCUGAUACCUUGGAAGAAGUCAGAUCAGUCGCUAAUCAAUAUCUGGAAUACAAGUGUGUUUUCGGAGAUUAUGGUACUGUUAACCGGUUCGAAAAGUCAAUCGAAGAAAGAUUUUUCGAGAAAGAGGUUGCUAUAAUGAAGAACGCAUUCAUGAACCAAUUUCACUUUGGGGUCUUCUACGCUUACAUAAAGUUGAAGGAACAGGAAUGCAGAAACAUCAUCUGGAUCGCGGAGUGUGUGUCUCAAAACCACAGAUCCAAGAUUGACAACUACAUCCAAAUUUUAUAA